UAAAAAUAGGCCUUCCCCAAUUUCCACCGUCUGUCGACGUGUACCGACCAUUUCUUCCCUCUCGGUGCUACCAACGACGAUGGUAAAUAUUCAGACAGCUCUUGUAGCGUUGGCGCUGGCGUCGCCAGUCUUUGCAGCCUCGCCAACGUCUUUAAACGAUCCCUUUCGCGCCAUUUCCGCGGCCGUAUCUCGGGAGUCUCCACCGGUGUGUUGCCUCAUCCCACUCGAGCCCGUCGAACCUACGGAUACAGAUGCUCUACUCUCCUUUGAGGAGUGGAAGGAGAAGCAGGCUGAGUUGCAGAAGAGGGAGGGGAAAGAGAAUGAUGGGAAUCAUCCAGGCAAUAUAUCCGGCGCAACGGGUAUCCACUAUACUGGACACUCGGACACCGUUGGCAGCGAUGGUCAGACCACAUCACCGUUGGCUUCGUACGAGUCCAUGGACGAGCCAAUAUCACCCCAUUUCCAAGUCCCAUUAACGGACAGAUUCAACUAUGCGGCCCUCGAUUGCUCUGCUCGUGUCCACGUGUCUCAUCGUUCAGCAAAGUCCCCGUCUUCUAUCCUAUCCUCCAAACGUGAUAGGUACAUGCUGAGUCCAUGUACUUCCAAAGAAAAGCAGUUCGUAAUCGUCGAAUUAUGUGACGACAUUCGAAUCGACACCGUGCAGCUCGCAAACUUUGAAUUCUUCAGUGGGGUUUUCAAGGACUUUACUGUGAGCGUGGCGAAGACGUACACAACAAGGGAAGAGGGUUGGACUGUAGCAGGGACCUACAGAGCCAAGAAUGUUCGGGGCGUUCAGUCCUUCCAUCCACCAACAUCGCUUCACGACUUUUACAGGUACAUCCGGAUCGAGUUUCAUUCCCACUACGGCAACGAGUACUAUUGCCCCAUCUCCUUGCUCCGAGUGUACGGUCUUACUCAUCUCGAGCAAUGGAAAUGGGAUGUUUGGGAAGCAGAAUACCGCGCAAAGCAUGAGAAAAUUCGGUCGUUACCCGCCUCUGUUACUGACGAACCCGAGCCUGUCCAGACAUCAGACCCCCUUACUGUUGUUAAUGUUUCCGCAACGAAUAUCGCUGAACCUGGAACCGAAACCGUUGACUUUAGUCCGAUCCCAGAGAGCUCUAAUUCCCCACCGGAAUUUGGCUCUGCUACUUCUGAGUCCACAACCAAAUCUAUCAGCACACCAAUUACAGCGUCGUCGACAGAGACCGUUUCAUUCUCAGGGCGUGAUCCCUCCUACGAAAGCGACAUUCAUUCUACAGAUACCGCGCAACCUUCUUCCACCGUUCAUCGCCCGGCAAGUACAUCGUUCACGGAUUCUGCUUCUACAAACUCGACCUCGGACUCUGACGGACAUUCAUCGGCAUCGGCCGCAGGAGGGACCUCUUCGUCUGCGUCACAGACGGCCACCACCAUCGUUACGGCUUCCGGUUCAAACAACAUUCCUAUUCCACCCCCGAUGCCUCCCACUACCGGGGGCGAAUCUAUAUACCGCACGAUCAUGAACCGUCUUACGGCGUUGGAAGGAAACCAUACUUUGUAUGCUCGUUAUGUCGAGGAACAGACCACCGGAGUGAGAGAGAUGUUAAGAAGGCUCGGUGAAGAUGUCGGUCGCCUAGACGGUCUCGGCAAAGCUCAAGCUCAGAUGUAUCAAAAAACACUUCGUGAAUGGGAUAAACAGCGACUCCGGAUCGAAAUGGAUUACAGAGAGCUUGCAAACAGAGUCGACUACCUUUCCAAUGAGAUCAUUCUUGAAAAACGUCUAGGCAUAGCUCAACUUUGCCUUUUACUCGCCGUCUUGAUCUUCAUGGGGCUCACUCGAGGAUCCAGAUCCGAGGAACAUGGCCCGCUCAUGUUCAGACGAAGCAUGAGAGAAUGGGGCCGUCGACACCUGAGCUUCAGCGGUGAUUGGUUCACUAACAGGAGUCGCAGCACUCCUCCGAAUAUCAAGAUGUCUCCCAGACCCGGCGACGCAAAAGUUGAAUUCCCCACAUCUUCAGUCGAGCCCUCUGCGAAACCAUCUUUAUACACCAUGCAAGAACAACGUUCUAGCUCGCCCACGCCGCAGCACCGCUCUCGCUCUCAUACGCCUAUUCCUGUUCGCACACCCAUGAACCGGCAUCUGAAUUCUUCACAGCUCCGGCCGGCGACUCCCACGAGUACAUCCCGGCCUAUCAUUAAACGUGCCACUUCGGGCGGAGGUCUUGUAUCGAGCACGUCUUUAAACAAUGGGCGUUCUGCACCCCGAAGUGCCAGGCGAUGGGCCCGUACUGCUCAUUUGCAUGAAGUACGUUUAACAAAUAGACAACGACGCGCCGAUGAUCAAGGCGAUGAUGAUCCUUUUCUCGCCACGACACCCUCCCGGCACCGCCAUCGUGGGCACGCUCAUAUAAACGGAGUGGAGGCAAUCAGAUCUUCGCCGGAAUAUGACUCAAGCGAUGAUCCCUUUUUGGCCACGAUGGAACGCAAGUCCAUCUCACCCGGGCCACGUAGCAUUGGCAAUCCGUGGUCCCCAUCAGAUGAGGGCGAAAGCGACAUAUGGCUUGAUACGGAUGCCAGUAUAGACGGCUCCGAGACUGAGCCCGAUUCAGGUUAGUCCCGCUCCAUAGGACUUCUCGUUAUUAUUUCUACCACACUCGUGCUGCCCUUUCCUUCUUUUUCCUUGAUUAGCAUCUGCAUAUUCUAUUCAUUCUACCCAACUGUAAAUUAUACCUGCAAUUCAUUCACAAGUCGGAUACGUGUUCAAUACGCCGUUGCUGCUGAAGAUCAACUGUACGAUCAUCAAUACCACUAUCACUCCACAACUCUCGCAGUAAUGUUCUGUGAGUUCUUUAAGGUACAUGGGUAUUUACGGAUAUAAAAUCUUUCAAGACUUUUCCCGCUUCGACGAGGAAUCGCUCGGCCUUGAACGAAUGUUUUUUUUUUUUCUUUUUUUCUAGUCAUUAUACCGGAAGGCAGCACGCAAUACGACG